AUGCCAGAUGACGCAUUUUUGGGAGAGCCUAAGUCCAGCUGUGAAGUUGAAGACUGUUGGGAAAAGACAAAAGAGCAAACGUCAUGGUGCUUCUGGAGGAAGCGGAGACUUCUGGUAGCGCUUCUAGCGUUCUUCGGAUUCUUCAACGUGUACGCUCUCCGAGUGAACCUCUCGGUCGCAGUGGUCGCCAUGACGGAACCCGUCGAAACGGAACUUGAAAAUGGAACCAUUGUUUAUAUACCGGAGUUCGACUGGAGUUCUCAGACCAAGGGACUCGUGCUGAGUUCGUUCUUCUACGGGUACCUGGUGACACAGCUCCCGGGUGGCUGGCUUGCUGCUAAAAUAGGAGGUAACAGGGUAUUUGCAAUAGGCAUUGGCGCCACUUCUCUGCUGACCCUCUUUACUCCACCCUUAGCGCACAUCAGCACUGGCCUGUUAAUCGCUGUCAGAGUCGUCGAAGGACUUUUCGAGGGCGUGACGUACCCCUGCAUCCACGCGGUGUGGGCGCGCUGGGCACCGGGCGGCGAGCGCGCGCGCCUGGCCACGUUCGCGUUCAGCGGCAGCUACGCCGGCACCGUCGUGUCCAUGCCGCUCUGCUCCCUGCUCGCGCACUACACCGGCUGGCCUGGCAUUUUCUACGUUUUCGGUAUCGUGGGACUGGUGUGGACGACGAUAUGGUGGCUAGUGGUGAAGGAAUCACCUGAGAAGGAUCCACACAUAUCUGCGGCUGAACUCAAAUACAUACAGGAUUCCCGAGGGACACAGUUUGUGGAGGGAUCUAAAAUUCGACAUCCAUGGCGUGCAAUGUUGACAUCUGGCCCUGUGUGGGCGAUUGUGAUGGCACAUUUCAGCGAAAACUGGGGCUUUUACACACUUCUGACUUUCCUACCGACAUUUAUGCAAGACGUGUUCAAGUUUGAGACAUCGCAAACGGGCUGGCUAUCUGCGGUACCGUACCUCGCCAUGGCGAUAGUGCUUCAGUUUGCGGGACACUUGGCCGACUGGCUGUUGAAGAAAGGAAUCCUGUCGCGGACGAACAUAAGAAAAAUCUUCAACUGUGGUGCGUUUUUAUCGCAGACUAUUUUCAUGGUGGCGGCGGCGUACUCAACCUCAGUCGUGGGCUGCCUAGUUUUUCUUACUAUUGCUGUGGGGUUGGGCGGAUUUGCAUGGUCCGGUUUCAGCGUGAACCAUUUGGACAUCGCGCCUCCACACGCCAGCGUGCUUAUGGGCCUCUCCAAUACAGUAGCAACGUUGCCUGGUAUCAUAAGUCCUCCACUCGCCGGAUCGAUCGUCAAAAAUAAGACAGCAGAGCAAUGGCGAAUAGUUUUUUUCAUAUCCAGCGCCAUCUACCUCCUAGGUGCGAUAGUGUACGGUUGGUUUUGUUCCGCUGAGAAACAGCCAUGGGUCGUCGAAACGGAUAGUGAUGCUAGUUUUGAUACAGAUGGCGCUUCCGUCACAACAACCAGGGCUUAUGAUAAUAAGGCCAUGGAUCAUAGCGAAAUGUAG